CCCGGGCGUCAGUCCGGCCGCGGCGACGGCGGCAGGAGGGUGUCCCGACGCCUCCUGGGGCUGCGCUCGGCGCGGGGACUGUGAAGAGGAGGCGAGCGAGGCUGGCGCGGGGUCGGUGGCCGGACGCAUGGCUUAGGACGCCCCGCCGCCGCUCCCCAGCAUGGGGAAACUUCACUCGAAGCCGGCCGCCGUGUGCAAGCGCAGGGAGAGCCCGGAAGGUGACAGCUUUGCUGUGAGCGCUGCUUGGGCAAGGAAAGGCAUCGAGGAGUGGAUCGGGAGGCAGCGCUGUCCAGGCAGCGUCUCAGGACCCCGACAGCUGAGAUUGGCAGGCACUGUUGGUCGAGGCACUCGGGAGCUCGUGGGUGACACUUCCAGAGAGGCACUUGGUGAGGAGGACGAGGACGACUUCCAGCUAGAAGUGGCCCUGCCACCAGAGAAGACCGACAGCCUGGGCAGUGGAGAUGAGAAAAGAAUGGAGAAAGUGAAUGACCCUGUUCCCGGCUCCAAGAAGCAGCUGAAGUUUGAAGAGCUUCAGUGUGAUGUUUCUGUGGAGGAGGACAGCCGACAGGAAUGGACUUUCACUCUGUAUGACUUCGACAACAAUGGCAAAGUCACCCGUGAGGACAUCACCAGCUUGCUGCACACCAUCUAUGAGGUGGUUGACUCCUCUGUGAACCAUUCCCCCACAUCAAGCAAGACACUGCGGGUGAAGCUCACUGUGGCCCCCGAUGGGAGCCAGAGCAAGAGGAGUGUCCUUUUCAACCAUACUGACCUGCAGAGCACGAGGCCCCGAGCAGACACCAAGCCUGCUGAGGAACUUCGUGGCUGGGAGAAGAAGCAGCGAGCCCCUCUCAGGUUCCAGGGUGACAGCCACCUGGAGCAGCCAGGCUGCUACCACCAUUGCGUGGAUGAGAACAUUGAGAGGAGAAACCACUACCUAGACCUGGCGGGGAUAGAGAACUACGCGUCUCAGUUUGGGCCUGGCUCCCCUUCGGUGGCCCAGAAGUCAGAGCUGCCCCCUCGAAUCUCCAACCCCACUCGCUCUCGCUCCCACGAGCCAGAAGCUGCCCACAUCCCACACCGGAGGCCCCAAGGUGUGGACCCCGGCUCUUUCCACCUCCUUGAUACCCCAUUUGCCAAGGCAUCAGAGCUCCAGCAACGGCUUCGGAGUGCUCAGGAUGGGAGCAAGCACUUUGUGAGGUCCCCCAAGGCCCAGGGCAAGAACAUGGGAAUGGGCCACGGGGCCAGAGGUGCAAGAAGCAAGCCCCCACUUGUGCCCACUACCCACACUGUGUCCCCCUCUGCCCACUUGGCCACCAGCCCAGCCCUCCUCCCCACCCUGGCACCCCUGGGGCACAAGAAGCACAAGCAUCGACCCAAGGAAAACCAGGCCAGCUGCCGGGGCCUGCAGGCCCCACUGGCUGCAGGAGGCGCCACGGUCAUGGGUCGGGAGCAGGUCAGGGAGCUACCUGCUCUGGUGGUGUAUGAGAGCCAGGCUGGGCAGGCCGUCCAGAGACAUGAGCACCACCACCAUCACGAACAUCACCACCACUACCACCACUUCUACCAGCCCUAAGCCCCAGCAGGCCACCACAUGAAGGACCCACCCCCACGCCUCGAGGCAUUAUUAUUCUAUUAAUUAUUGUUAUUAUGACAAUUAUUGUUAUUAAUAAUUAUUGUUACUCCACUAAUAUUUAGCUAGCUUUCAUGUAGAAGAUAUAUGGAAACACAGAACUAAACUUUUAUUUAUAUGUUGUGGGGAUUAUAUAACUCACCCAAGAAGUGACUCUGGGUUUGGAAGGGUCCUUGGGCUACCCCAGCUGCAGGGUCCACGCAGAUCUUCCCAAACCACAGGAGCCCUCGGCCCAGCUGCCCCACUUCUGCUCUUCCGGGAGUGCACCCUUGCCUGGCCAAGCUUCAGAGACCCUCAAGAGCUCCGGAGGACAACAGCUGCUACCUCUCAGUGUUAUUCCGGUCUGACUUCACCCUUAACCGACUGUCACGUGCUCCAGGGGCUUUUGGUGGACUGCAUCGCAGUGCCCUCCCUGCCCUCGUGUUUCCACACCUCAGCCCAGACCCUUAGCUGUGCUUUCUGGAGUUGCUGCCUCACCUUUUUUUUUCUGCCAUGCACAAUGUGGAAGUUCCCCUCUCCCUCCGUGCGCCCCCCUUUGCUUUUAAAGGAUGCACCUGUAUUUAAGGAUUGUCCUUGGAGCCAGCCUUCUCCUUUUGGAAACUGCUACAGAGAGAAGCAGCCACAUAAAGAAGCAUGGUUUCCCAAGAUGGCACCAUUGUAUGACGGAGGGUAUGAAACCUGAGUUUGCCAUCAGCAGAUACACUUUGUGGCUCUCUGGCAACCUUUGUAACUAUAGGUAGAUGCUGCCUGUCCGUGUCUCUGUAUCUUUCUAUAAAUACACUCUCAGGUAUCUUU